AUGAUACAAUCGGUUGCACGUGGAUUAAGUAUGGAUAAUACACCAACUAUACUAGAAGACGAGGAUUCUCAAACAUUACGAGAUGUCACAUCGGACAGUGGAGAUUCUGAGUAUGUUUCCAACGACGACAGUAGCGAUGAUUCAGCUGAUUAUGAAGAUUACGACGAUCUGGGAGAUCAGUCGUAUGAAUGUCAAUCGUGUGGUGCAAUGAUGUGGUACGCUGAGCGCCUUGAUAAGCACAGGAACACAUCGAGACCCGAGUUUUCUCUAUGUUGUCAGAAGGAUAAAGUACAACUACCUUAUAUGAAAAAUGCCCCACCUACUCUUUCCAAUUUGCUUUUCGGUACGGAUAGACAGAGCAAACAUUUUCAGGACAAUAUUCGUUCUUACAACAUGAUGUUUGCUUUCACAUCACUUGGCGGAAAGGUCCAAACAUCUAUUAAUACGGGUGCUGGACCAUACACAUUUCUACUUCAAGGUCAGAAUUACCACCUGUUGGGUAGUAUGUUACCAGAGGAAGGUGCACGACCUAAAUUCGCACAACUUUACAUCUUCGAUACGGAGAAUGAAGUCCGCAAUAGAAUUGAUGCUGUCAGGUCUGGAAAUGGCUCGAACAACCUUGAUACUCAAAUUGUUGCAUCCUUGAAGGAUAUGAUCGACGAGAACAACAUCCUUGCUCAGUCGUAUAGAGCUGCCCGUGAUCGAUUUUCGAGAGAAGGCCUGCAAGGUGUUAAGCUAAAGCUGGUUAAGAGUCGUAGCACCGAUGGGAGGACUUACAAUCUCCCUAAUGCAAGUGAGAUUGCAGCGUUGAUAGUUGGAGAUUUUGACACGCAAGAGGGUGUUAGAGACAUUGUGGUUGAGACUCAGUCCAAGAAGCUGCAACGCAUUAGUGAGUUGCACCCAUUGUACCUACCGUUCCAGUAUCCGCUCAUAUUUCCUUACGGGGAAGAUGGAUAUAGAGAGGAUAUUGGUUUGAGAGACUCUUUUCGAGGUAACAGUGGAAAACGAAAAAACUUAACCAUGCGAGAAUACUUUGCUUACCGUUUCCAAAAAAGAAGCAUCGACAGUCCAGUACUGCUGAAUUCAAAAAAGUUGUUCCAACAGCUUGGAGUGGACGCGUAUUCUAUGAUUGAGUCUCAAAGGUUGAAUUUUAUUAGGCACAACCAGGAUCAGUUGCGUGUGGACAUGUACAAAGGCAUUGAAGAACGUUUUUUCAAAGGGGACACUGAAGGAACAUCAGUUGGAAAGCGCGUAAUUCUGCCAGGUUCUUUCAUUCCCGGACCUCGGUACAUGUUCAACAAUUUUGUCGACGCACUUCAAAUUUGUAACUGGAUUGGUUUUCCAUCAUUGUUCAUUACUAUUACAUGCAAUCCACAAUGGCCUGAAAUACAAAGGGUCCUCAAUGACACAAGUCUCAGACCGGAGGAUCGUCCUGAUAUUCUAUGUCGCGUAUUCAAAAUGAAGCUGGACAGUUUGAUGACGGAUUUCAAGAAGGGACAUAUAUUCGGACGAAUUAGAGCACAUGUGUGUACUAUAGAAUUUCAGAAGCGUGGUCUACCUCAUGCACAUAUAUUGUUGUGGUUGGAUAACGAUGCCAAACCUAAGUGCUCCGCCGACAUCGAUAGGAUGAUAUGUGCAGAAAUUCCGGACAAAAAAACCGACAGAAAGAUGUACAACUUGGUUGAGAAAUACAUGAUACACGGCCCGUGCGGCCAUGCGAAUUUGAAUUCACCUUGCAUGAAGGAUGGCGUUUGCACGAAGAGGUUUCCAAAAAAGUUUGUACAGCGAACCGAGGCCGACCCUGAUGGUUAUCCGGUAUAUAGGAGAAGGGAUGAUGGAAGAACAGUUAGGAAGAAGAAUACUAUUCUUGAUAACGGAUUUGUGGUUCCCUACAACCGUGUGUUAUUGAGUAAAUACCGAGCCCACAUCAAUAUCGAGUUGUGCAACCAGAGCAAGUCAAUAAAGUAUCUGUUCAAGUACGUCAACAAGGGACACGAUCGUGUCACGGCAACAUUUUUCCAACCUACGUCUACGGACGCCGGUCCUGCUGUUCGUGAUGAAAUCAAAAUGUAUUAUGACUGCAGAUAUUUGUCUGCGUGCGAGGCAAUGUGGAGGAUAUUUGCAUUUGAGAUACAUUACCGAGAUCCACCCGUCAUUAGGUUGAGCUUCCAUCUCCCCGACAAUCAACCGUUGGUAUUCAAUGAGAACCAAUCAUUAAAGAGUGUCUUGGAAAGGCCAACCGCGAGGCAAACCAUGUUCUUGGCAUGGUUCGAGGCGAACAAGACCUACCCACCAGCUAGGGAGUUACGGUACGCAGAGUUUUCCCAACAUUAUGUGUACAAGGAUGAUUCUCGGGUAUGGGUGCCAAGAAAGAAGAGGUUUGCCAUUGGAAGAGUCACCAAUGUGCCCCCGACAAAGGGAGAAGACUUUUAUCUUAGAUUGUUGCUCAACGUCCAAAGAGGGUGCAAAAGUUACGAAGACAUCAGAACGGUGGGUGGCAUUGUUUAUGCGACGUUUAGGGAUGCGUGCUAUAUGUUGGGGCUGUUGGAAGAUGACAAGGAGUACAUUGGUGCAAUUAGAGAGGCAUACGGUUGGGCAAACGGACACUUCCUCAGAUUGUUGUUCGCUGUUAUGUUGCUUUCUAAUAGUUUGAGCAGACCGGAACAUGUUUGGGAGAAAUGUUGGUCCAAUUUGUCUGAUGAUAUUACAUACAAGCACCAGAAACGUCAUAAUAAUCCAGAUUUGACUCUAUCGGAUGAUAGUUUGAAGAACUACGCGUUGAUAGAAAUCGAGAAGAUCCUACAGAGCAACGGCAAGAGCUUGCGGAAUUUUGACUCUAUGCCGAUGCCACUAGAUUCGUCGAUGGAUGACACGGAGAACCGAUUAGUGCUCGAUGAGUUUGACUACGAUGUAUUUGCGAUGGCUGAAGAACUGAAACAAUAUCUUUCUUCUAUCACAGAUGAGCAGAGAAGGGUCUACGAUGCCAUCAUGGAUGCUGUGUCGAAGAAUUGUGGCGGGAUGUACUUCCUCUACGGUCACGGAGCAUCGUUGCUGCUUCCCGGUGGCCGAACCGCUCAUUCUAGAUUUGGACUCCCUAUCAUUGUGCACGAUGGUUCCACCUGCAGCAUUACACAGCAGAGUCCACAAGCAGAAUUGCUUAUAAAGGCGAGGCUCAUUAUAUGGGACGAGGCACCGAUGAUGCAUAGAUAUUGUUUCGAAGCGCUUGACAAGACCUUGCGAUCUAUCACGCAUGUUCCCAAACCAUUCGGUGGCAAGGUUGUCGUUCUUGGCGGAGACUUUAGACAGAUUUUACCUGUUGUACUGAAGGCAUCAAGGCAGGACAUUGUUCACGCUACGAUCAACUCAUCUCAGCUUUGGGAAGAAUGUAAGGUUCUUAAGUUGCAUACGAAUAUGAGGCUUCAAUCAAGUUCUAAUCCAUCGGAAGUUGAAGAAGUAAAGGAGUUUGCUAAUUGGAUACUGAGUAUCGGUAAUGGGGAGGCGGGAGAGCAAAACGAUGGUGAAGCGUCUGUUGAGAUUCCCGAGGACAUGCUAAUUCCCGAUUCCGAAGAUCCAUUAUUGGAGUUGUUGCAGUUUGUAUAUCCGAAUUUGUUGAGUAACAUAUCAAAUCCCGAUUACUUCCAAGGGAGGGCGGUGCUUGCGCCGACUAAUGACUGCGUUGAGUUUGUCAACGAAUACUUAUGUUCCCUCAUUCCCGGCGAAGAGAAGUUGUACCUAAGUGCGGAUAGUAUGUGCAAGGAUGAGAUGAGUUCGGAAGAGAAUGCUCAAAUUUAUACGACCGAAUUCCUCAACACCGUGUCUUGCUCCGGUCUCCCUUCACAUAGGCUGAAACUCAAGGAAAAUGUUCCUGUUAUGCUCAUACGAAACAUCGACCAGGCGAGAGGCCUUUGCAAUGGAACCAGACUUCAAGUUGUUAGAAUGGGAACUCAUGUUCUUAGCUGCAAGGUUCUAUCCGGCAAAAAUACCGGUGAUGUUGUUUUCAUUCCUCGGAUGACGUUGGUCCCGUCGAACUCUACUCUGCCAAUUAAGUUCCAGAGGCGACAAUUUCCACUGAUGAUUUCCUUUGCAAUGACCAUCAACAAGAGUCAGGGUCAAACACUUUCCCACGUUGGUUUGUAUCUACCCAGACCUGUAUUCAGCCACGGUCAGUUGUACGUUGCACUCUCGAGAGUCAAGAGUAGAUCUGGCAUAAAGAUCCUUAUCAAGUCCGAAUCCGGUGGGUUGUCGAGUUCAACUAGCAACGUUGUUUACAAAGAAGUAUUUCAGCGCAUAUGA